UUAGACUAAGUUUUGAUUAAUAUUAGUGGCAACUGAUACUGAUACACGUAUAAGCCGAUACGGCAAAGCAUUCUUCAGACUUGUAAUUGGUAUCCUACAUUCCUACUACUAUUUAUAUUACUCUGUUUUUUAGCUUUAGUCUUCUUUCUUUCUGUAUCUCAGUUGAGCCAACACACUUUUUUGCUUCUUCUCUUGAAGUGCAGAAAACUAAACUGUUUUCUUUCAUUUGUUUGUUUCUUAGUCUAGGAAUAUCUCCUUAAAUAGGCAAUGGGUUAGAGAUCCUUUCAGAAAUCAGUUUUUUUUCUUUCUUCUGUUUGGGUGUUUAUAAUCGACUUCUUAUUCAUCUAUAAGAGACGUUUGAUAUUAGGUGUCUCGGGAUUCAUUUUUAUUUGAGAAAUAGUAUCAUGGAAGAGGUUCGUUGUGCAGCUCUUGAAGUGGAUGUUAAUGGCGAAGCAACUUUCUUGGUAAAUAAGAGUAUUCUUGCAUCUUUCUCGGGUAGAAUAAGCAAAUUAUUUGGCAAAUCGACGGAAUUAGAUUCGAAGCUUAAGGUGAUAUUCCAUGACUUUCCAGGGGAAGCAGAGGGCUUUGAACUCAUGGCAAGGUUUUGUUAUAACAAUGGUAAAAUUCAGAUAACUCCAUUUAAUAUCUCUGUCUUGCAUUCUGUUGCUCAUUUCAUGGAAAUGACUAGAGAUUCAUCUGGAAAUGGAACUUUGGUUGAGCAAACUGAUAAUUGCAUCGAAGAAAUUGCGUAUUGGAGCUGGUCUGAACUCGUGGUAGCCUUAAAGCAGUGUCAAAUUUUGAUCCCUAGCGCGAUUUCUUCAAUUUUGCUUGAUAAAUGCUUAGAGUUCACAGUAGCAAAGUUGGUUUCAGUCUGUGAUGAGACUUCAUCUAUUUCUUCGCCUGACAGCUCUGGUUUUCGGUAUUCAUGUGACACAAAAAGCACCCAAAGUGGGAAGCACAAUAGCUGUCGGCCAAAUUGGUGGUUUGAGGAUCUUACGUUUCUGAACCAGUGUUUGCUGGAGAAAUUGAUUAAGGCAAUGUUGUCCCGGAAAUUCGACCAAUUGACAAUCAGUAGAUUUCUUUUUUACUACCAAAAAACUAGAUCCUCCGGGGUGGAUCUUGAUAAGAAGCUUAAAAUCAUGGAGACAGUUAUUGAUCAUCUCUUUUUACUUGAUUGGAACUUUGUUUCCUGUAAGAGCUUAUUUGGCAUUCUCCGGGUGGCUUCGGGUCUGAAGAUAAGCAAAUGUAGCAGGGAUAAGUUAGAGAGUAUGAUUGGUGUGCAGCUAGAUCAAGCAAAUCUGGAUAAUCUGCUUAUUCCAUCCCCACCAGGAAUCAAUUCUCUUUACGACGUAAACUUAGUUCUAAGGUUCUUGAAGUUAUUUCUUCUUGGCGGUGACUCUUGGGUGUCGGUUACCCGAAUGAGGAAAGUGGCAAACUUAAUAGACUUGUACAUGUCAGAAGUAGCUCCUGAUCCUUCUUUAAGACCUUCUAAGUUUGUUGCUCUAGCCAUUGCUGUGCCUGAUUCUGGGAGAGACUCUUAUGAUGGGAUAUUUCGAGCCAUGGAUAUGUAUCUUGAGAUCCAUUCAAAAUUGACCGAAGAGGAAAAACUGAAGAUAUGUUGUGCAUUAAACUAUGAGAAGCUCUCAUCGGAAGCCUGCAAACACCUUUCUCAAAACUCGAAAUUCCCGUGCAAAACAACAAUUCAAGCUCUAGUUUCUCAACAAGGGAAGCAUAUGAAGUUGCAAUCCAAUACAGAGAAGGAAAACAAACGCAAGCUUAUAGAAAAGGAGAAAGAGCAAGUUGUGUUGUACGCGAAAAAUCUGAAUUUCCCAGCAGAGAGUGAGGACCUCAGAGAACAUUUGCAAGGAAUGCAGUGGAGGGUACUGGAAUUGGAAAAGGUUUGUAGGAAAAUGCAAACUCAAAUGGCUAAAGUUAUUAAAACUAAAGUAACUAGUAGUAGCAGUACUAGUACUGCCAAAUCUUUACCCUGGUUAUGUUCAUGAUAGGCAUCACUUAGUUUCAUUUGUUCUUGUGUAGAGUAUAAUUCGUGUAUAUAAUAAUGGGGGUUACUUACAAGUGCUGCUGCUGCAAUUGGACAGUUUUUGCUCUUUUUCUUAUUUUAUCAAAAGGUAAAAAAAAAAUGAUUGAAGAGUUUCCUUUU